AUGGCCCUCAGCACCAUGCAAGGCGUGGUUUACAGUGGCACGCCCUACAAUGUGUCCGUCAUGGACGUGCCCCGGCCCACGAUCAUCAACAGCACCGAUGUAGUGGUUCGCAUCACAACUUCUGCCCUUUGCGGCUCCGACCUCCAUAUGUACCACGGGGUCCAAGGGGGCACACCGCCAUGGGUCAUGGGACACGAGGCCCUUGGGUGGAUCUCGGAGGUUGGCGAUGCCGUCUCUUCGCUAAAUGUCGGCGAGUAUGUUGUGAUACCCGACAACGUGGCGACCGGGCAUAUGAACAUGCAUCCGCCGGCGAUGGACUCGUUUGGAACAGGUGCGGACCUAGGGGGACUUCAAGCUGAAUAUGCACGUGUGCCCUUUGCCGAUGAUUCUUUGAUUCCCGUGCCUUUGACCACAAAUACGACCAACUCCUCAAUUGAAAGAGACUAUAUGACCGUAUCCGAUAUCUUCGCGACCGGCUGGUCUGUUCUCACGUACGCCGGAUUCGAGCCAGGUGAUUCGGUCGCAGUUUUCGGGGCCGGUCCGGUCGGUCUUUUAGCCGCAUAUUCUGCCAUACUCCGCGGGGCCUCUAGAGUGUACUCUAUUGACCACGUCCCAAUGCGUUUAGAACGUGCAGCAUCGAUCGGCGCAAUUCCGAUCAAUUUCGCCGAGACCGACCCAGUCCAGCAUAUCUCGGCCCUUGAACCUAACGGGGUCACUAGAGCUGUGGACUGCGUCGGAAUGGAAGCUGUCAAUAGGGAGGGCGAAAUUCAAGAAAACAUUGUCCUAGAAAACAUGAUUAGGGUAGCCUCAUCACAGGGCGGGAUUGGCCAGAUCGGGGUUUUCAUGACUCAGUCUAGUUCCCCUGGUGCACCGCUUGGAGAUACACUCUCUCCGAACAUCUCUUUCCCGAUCACAGAGUUCUUUGGAAAGCAUCUACGAUAUGAAGCCGGAGUGGUGGACCCCAAGCUCGUGGCUCCCGAGCUAGUGCAGCUUAUUGCUUCUGGUCGGGCGAGCCCUAGUUUCAUCACGAGUAGGGUGAUUGGUAUUGAGGAGGUGCCGAGAUACUAUCAGCGUUUUGAUCAUCAUGAAGAGAUUAAGGUGUAUAUACAGUUUCCGUAG